CCUUUCCCCCUCUCUGCAUCCCUUGGCCCGCUCCUUUUACCACCUCGGCUCUAACGCAAGAAACAUGUAUUAGAGAUCACUCUAAGUGUACAGAAAUAAAAAUAUAUUUUUAAUUGUUUUAAGGGAAAAUUAGAUGAGAAAGGAAUUUUUGCGGGGGGGAGCGGCUGGGGCUAGUGCGUCGAAUUUUAAUUUUGAUUUUCCUUUAGCAUUGUUUGUUAUGUCUUUAUUGGUUUUGGAAGCUCGAGAGCCUCUGUGCUACCUAUCUCGGUCGCGUGGAUUUUUGCGCAAGUUUUUUGAAAAACACUGACUCCAGUAGAGAGCAUUUCUCCGUAAAGUUUCAAGUGCAGCAAAAUAGCGAACGUGCAAAACUGGCCAAGGGGAGACCUCUAGUGGUUAAACGCAUCUUUAAGUUCGGAAGGCCGAGAGCAAAGUUUGGCCUGUACUUGUAGCUACGUAGUCCAUUCAGACGUGGAAGUAAUUAGACGACGUGAGCGAGCAGCCAGAUGUUGUGUGAAAGGAUGCUGAUCGGGAAUAGAAAGUUUUAGUAAAUCUAAGAGCAAUGAGUACGGAGGACUCAGACUGUGUAACUUCUAUCCAUCAUUAGUUGUAUGCAAAACCACUUUGCUUUUAUUCUGGUAUUUGAGGUUGGUCAUCCUUUAGAUUAGGAACAGUUGUUUUUAUAUUUGUGAUUGUCUGUACGACGGCAGACUGGUAUAUCUUUGAUCAUGAGUCAGUGGAUAAUUUCUUUUCGAAUGUUAAAAUUACAAAGUGCGAUGUUUGUUUCAAACUUAUAAAAAUGAAAAAGGCCUUUGGUUGAAAUUUGCAUUUCAAUGAGCUAUCAUUUUAUUCUCUAAUAAAUGUAACUUAAGGUUAAUAUGGAGUUUCUUAACUGUAUAGCUGUAGGAAUAGAUUUAGUGUAUGUAGUCCCUUUUGGUUCUAAGAGCCAGUUAUUUUGUUUCACUGAUUAAGAAACUGUUUCUGAAUACUUUGUAUGAUUCAUGAUUUAAACACUUAAAUACAUGGGCAAAAACUGCUUACAUGAUAUCUAUUUUGCCAGUGUGUAUUCUGUAAAAUAUCUUUUAAUUUUAAAGGUAAAAACAAUAAAGGACAUUAAAGUUGAGUCAAAUGAUCCCUCUUUCACCUGUUUAUCCCUCAAUUGGAGAGACUUUAUUGGAGGAGUUUAGAAUGUGGGAAUGAUUAAAAUCCGUUUCACCUCAUCCCAGACUAGUUUCUUUUAUUUUAAUAUAUGGUAUGGUGUGAAAUUAUGCAUAAGUGACUCUAAAUUUAAGCUAUUAUCUUGUGUGGAUUGUGGAUUCGAAGGCUUCUUUUUUGACAGAAGUGCUUUAAUUUUACCUUUCCUCUCUUUAAAUCAAUGCUAGACCUUCAGAAGAGAACUUGGGGGUGGACAGCAUUCAUAAAGGCCACCAGAGUUUUCUGUUUUCAAGGCCACAAGGUUUUUAAAAAAAAAAAAUGACUGAAUCUGCCUCUAGCACAAGUGGGCAAGAGUUUGAUGUAUUCAGUGUUAUGGACUGGAAGGAUGGAGUAGGCACAUUACCAGGAAGUGAUUUAAAGUUUCGGGUAAAUGAGUUUGGAGCCCUGGAAGUGAUUACAGACGAGAGUGAGAUGGAAAAUGUUAAAAAAGCAACUGCCACCACCACUUGGAUGGUGCCAACUGCUCAAGAAGCCCCGACCUCUCCCCCGAGCUCCAGGCCCGUAUUUCCACCUGCCUACUGGACAUCUCCACCUGGAUGUCCCACAGUCUUUUCAGAGAAGACUGGGAUGCCUUUCAGGUUGAAGGAUCCAGUGAAAGUAGAAGGGCUUCAAUUCUGUGAGAACUGUUGUCAGUAUGGCAAUGUAGAUGAGUGUCUUUCUGGAGGAAACUAUUGCAGCCAGAAUUGUGCUCGGCAUAUCAAAGACAAAGAUCAGAAAGAAGAAAGGGACAUAGGAGAUGACAAUGAGGAAGAGGAUCCUAAGUGUAGUCGGAAGAAAAAACCAAAACUGUCUCUGAAAGCUGACCCCAAGGAGGAUGGAGAAGACAGAGAUGAUGAAAUGGAGAACAAACAAGAUGGAAGAAUCCUGAGGGGUUCGCAAAGAGCCCGAAGGAAAAGACGAGGUGAUCCAGCUGUAUUAAAGCAGGGUUUGCCCCCUAAAGGAAAGAAAGCCUGGUGCUGGGCAUCCUACCUGGAGGAGGAAAAAGCUGUGGCCGUGCCAACGAAGCUGUUCAAGGAGCAUCAGUCUUUUCCAUAUAACAAAAAUGGAUUCAAGGUUGGCAUGAAACUAGAAGGCGUGGACCCCGAGCAUCAGUCCAUGUACUGUGUCCUCACUGUGGCUGAGGUUUGUGGAUACCGGAUAAAGCUCCACUUUGAUGGGUAUUCUGAUUGCUAUGACUUCUGGGUAAAUGCAGAUGCUCUGGAUAUUCACCCAGUUGGGUGGUGUGAGAAAACUGGCCAUAAACUUCAUCCACCAAAAGGAUAUAAAGAAGAUGAAUUUAAUUGGCAGACCUAUCUUAAGACAUGCAAAGCUCAAGCUGCUCCCAAGUCAUUAUUUGAAAAUCAGAACAUAACAGUGAUCCCAUCAGGCUUUCGAGUUGGAAUGAAGCUUGAAGCUGUAGACAAAAAGAACCCUUCAUUCAUCUGUGUUGCUACGGUAACAGAUAUGGUGGACAAUCGUUUCCUGGUGCAUUUUGACAACUGGGAUGAGAGCUAUGACUAUUGGUGUGAAGCAUCUAGUCCACACAUUCAUCCAGUUGGUUGGUGUAAAGAACACAGAAGAACCCUUAUUACUCCACCAGGUUACCCAAAUGUGAAACAUUUUUCUUGGGAUAAAUACUUAGAAGAAACCAAUUCUUUACCUGCCCCUGCAAGAGCAUUCAAAGUGAAACCUCCACAUGGAUUCCAGAAAAAAAUGAGGCUUGAGGUUGUAGACAAAAGAAAUCCCAUGUUUAUUAGAGUAGCAACUGUUGCAGAUACGGAUGAUCACCGAAUAAAAGUUCACUUUGAUGGCUGGAGUAGUAGUUACGACUACUGGAUAGAUGCAGACUCUCCUGAUAUUCACCCUGUGGGCUGGUGUUCCAAAACUGGGCAUUCUCUUCAGCCUCCUUUGGGCCCCUUAGAAUUAAUGGAAGUUUCAGAACAGAGUGGAUGCUUGACACCAGGAUGUAAAGGAAUUGGCCAUUUUAAGAGAUCAAGGCACCUGGGCCCUCAGAAUUCUGCCACCUGUCCGUAUUCAGAUGUCAAUUUGAAUAAAGACCGUAUUUUCCCAGACCGUUUAAGUGGUGAGAUGCCUCCAGCUAGUCCAUCAUUUCCAAGAAAUAAAAGAACAGACACAAAUGAAAGCUCUUCAUCUCCUGAAACCAGAGACCAGCGUGGUGGUGAUGUUCCUGCCAGAGAAGACACUGAAGAGAAAACCGAAAGUGAAGUGAAGACAUCACAAGAAGCCAGAGGUACCCGGGAAGAACCUACUGUACAACAGGCACAGCGUCGGUCAGCUGUCUUUCUUUCCUUUAAGUCCCCAAUUCCAUGUCUCCCCUUGCGCUGGGAGCAGCAAAGCAAACUUCUUCCAACUGUAGCCGGAAUCCCUGCAAGUAAAGUUUCUAAGUGGAGCACAGAUGAGGUGUCAGAAUUUAUACAGAGCUUACCUGGGUGUGAAGAACAUGGAAAAGUAUUUAAAGAUGAACAAAUUGAUGGAGAAGCAUUUCUGCUGAUGACCCAAACGGACAUUGUUAAAAUUAUGAGCAUUAAGCUGGGCCCUGCUCUCAAAAUUUUCAAUUCUAUCCUGAUGUUCAAAGCUGCAGAAAAGAACUCUCACAAUGAACUUUGAAGACAGUGAAUUCUGUAUACCAUCAGCUUUCCACUUUAAAGCUCAUGUUUUAUUCAAAGCACAAGGAUGGUUGUAACUCUUAAGUGAGAAAUCUCCAAAACACAAAACAGCAAGGCUAUCGGAUUAUUUAUAUUUCUCAAGAGACAAUAUAUGAAUUUUUCUGAAAAUGCUUGAGCUUUUAAGCAAGUACUGUCUAACAACAGUCAUCUUUUUGGUUCUGUUCACUGAGCUAAAUUAAUCUUUGUAAAUCUUUUUGAGGCUAGGAGGUGGGGGGAAAGGGGAACCUUCAUUAAUUAUUUAUGGAUAAAGGGGGGCAGAAUAAGAACUUUUGGGAUUUUGUAAACAUUGUUGAAUUCUCUUUCAUGUACACUGUUUCCUUUUCAAUACUUGCAGGAACCUUUUUAUAUAAUCAAAAUUCAACUUAAACCAAAUUAGUCAAAACCUGGCUAGGUUUAGCCAGUUGGGACUGUUACCUGUAUUGUUAAUUUUGUGCCAUAUUUUGAAUUGCAACAUUAUGCUAAGUAUAACUUUGCAAGUCAUGAUAUUGCCUAACUGCUUGUAAUAAUUUGUUGGAGCUGAAUAGUUGUAAAAAUUACUUUUCUUUAAAUCAAUGUUCUUUCUUUUGCACGAAUUAUGAAAUGUUAAGCAAAUUACUUUUUCACCAGCAUCUUCACUAUAAUUACCAAAAACGUGUAUAUAAAAGAAUGAAAUUGAAAAAUAAAAUAUAUAAACGUAAAUAAAUUAGGUAAUGUAUUUGAAUGGCAUCAGUCUCAUACAUCAUGGUGCCCUGUGUCUUUAUGAGAGUCAGAUGGUAUCGAAGGAAUAUGCAGUUAGAUUUGGGAGGGGUGUUUGUAAGAAUCUUGAACUAUUUAUGAGAUUAUCUUGAGCUUUUCUCUUGUCGUUGAUGUAACUGUGGUGCUUUAGAGAUGAAGGGCUCAGUCUAGUCUUUACUAGUUCAUAAAGAGCUGUCUCAGAUCUCAUAGUGUCCUCCAAACCCAAAGGCUUUCUUCAGGGUUGGCUAGGAGAGAGUGUAGAGUGUAGAUUUUACUGGAAAGGCAAGGUGUGAAGGAGCAACACCAGUAGACAAAGAUUCUGAAAGCUCACAGAUCAAGGAGGCAAUUUCCCAAAGCAGUCAUUCAGGUUACCUCCGUGUUGGAAGGAUUCCUUUUUCUGUAGAACACUUUGCCUCUAUUUAUAAGCGUACAGAUGCACUUUAAAUGAAAACCCCUGAUUACCUAUAAACUGAUAGCUGGUAGUGUUAUGUUUUGUUUUUGUUUGCAAGAUUGCAUUUGCAAGGAAAAUGGUAAAUUAUUUCAUCAGCCUUUUGAUGUAGUUUCUAAUUCCAGGAUUGGAAAUUUACUCAAGGACUAUUUUUAAAAAUAGAAAGUUAAGUUUGUAGCAUGCUCUCAGAGUUCUGGGGAAGUUCCACCUCUCUCCUUGGUCGAUAUCAGUUAUUCUGAUGUAGAACUCCUUCCAUAUCCCCAAGUUCUGUAGUCGCGUCGGAAGGCUUUUAGCAGUUCUUUGCAUUUGCCAUAAUUCCAGGUAAAACAGGGUCAGUGACAUCUACAGUGUCCCAUUCAUUUCUUUGCAUGAAUCUGUUUAAUAAGUUUUUCCUUUUUUACGUUUUGUUCAGAAUUUGUACAUUCAAGUUGUACUUGUUCUGUCUGAUAUGAAUGAAAUAAAAUCUUAAUUGGAGAUGCCUUUUUCACAUCUGUAUGAUUUUUAAGAAAGCUUGCCACAUAGGAGAGGGAGAACAAGAGCAGGAAUGACACGAAGCAUAUGGGUACUAGAUGGCUGUGUCAUUCAUCAGUAGGAUUCAGAAUCAUUUGUCAGACUAUGUCCCAGAUAAUAUGAAGAAUGACCAAAAAAAAUAGAAACUAUUUUUAGGUCAAGUAGGAUUCAUACCCAUUGGGGAUUUUUCCUUUGUAGUAUAAAGUAUAUAUUAUAAUGAAAGACAUUUUUAAAAACUGAAAAUACCCUUUCAUUCUAAGUUCCAGGUUGCUAUGUGUUAGAGGCAAGGCAUUAAGCACCCUCAGGUGGCACAGGAGUUAGUGUACCUCAGGAAGGGGGAGUGCUUUUGCCACUCCAACCCUGAGUCUUAAGUUUUAAUAAGAGGGAAUAAAAGCCAUGAUGGCAGAGACGUAGGUCACUGAAGUGAGAGAAGCAAUCUUGAGGUAAGACAAAGAGAAGGGAUGGGGGAUGUGGAACACGAUAGCCCCUAUCCCAUCUAAAGGCAUUGAAAAAAUUACAAACAUUGUGCAAGCCAAAUGAGACCAGUCUGCAGGUUGAAAUGUCUGUAGGCUGCCAUUCUGCAAUUUCUAGAUUCUAUGAACUCAACCUCCAAAGAAAAUAAGGGUUGUUUAGUCAAGCAAUGUUGAAUUUUACCAAGUGGCAGGGCUAUGGUGGGUGCUGAGGAUAGAUAAACUGUUGAAGGAGACAAUAAAGUCUAUAUGGAUCUGCCCUCAUGGUUAGCUCAUGUCCUUUGUCAUACCUGAAGCGAAACUUCACUGCAGUUUUUCUGCAACUAUCCCUCCAUCACUAUGCCCCAGAGAGGCACUUUUAUUCAACUUCAGCCAUGGAGAUUGAACACUUUGUAAGGAAAGUAAUCUUGAAGAACAUGGCAAAUUCAUCUCCUCAAAAAGGACUAAGAUUGUAAAAUUUAAAAAGUGGGGGAGGUAAUUUGAGAAAAAAGUGCAGUCCAGAAAAGAAAGAAAGAGCGUGGGAUAAGGACUAGUCUAUGUGAAAGUGAUAAUGUGCCAAGUAAUUUACUUGUCCAUUCUGCUGUAAGUAGUUGACUAAUCACUGUUCAGAUGGGCAGCUGAUCUUUCAUUUCCUUUUAUCUCCCCAACUUAAGCAUUUUAAUGACUGAGCAGUCCUUACAGAGACAACAGUUAUUAUCCAGCAGACUAGUUAUCUCAGUAAUACAGUAAUUUGUACUAUCCAAAGAUACGUUAUAAAAAUAUUUCUUUAAAUAUUCCCAUGAAUACCUUUCUUCUUAAACAUUUUUUAAAGUGAUGAAAUAAAAUAACCCAAGAAAUGCUCAUUGCAAUGUGAUGCAGAUAAUAACACACUUAAAUCUCUCUUCAGUCCCCAGACCUGUACUAGCUUUCAAAACUGAGAAGUAGCAUUUAUGUUUUGAUGAUGGCAUCAAGGACACCUUAAAAAUCUAUUUUUUCCUUGUGAAAUACUUGGAAAAGAGUGACAGUGCACUGAGUCUUGUUAGACCCAAAAAGUACUUGUGCAGUCAUCGUUAGGAACAAAGCAAAUAAAAUUAGAACGUGGGAUUCUGGGCAGUAACCAUUUGGGCAGACGGGAUGGGAUACCAGGACUGGGACUCCUGAGAGAGACGAAAUAGCAGGUCUAGGAAGGGGCCUAACCCGAAAACUUGAAGCUGGUACCCAAAUGGUUCUGGAAGUAUUUGAGACCAAAACAUGUCUGCCUGCUCAAGCAGGAAUGGCACACAAGCAGACAUAAGCCCUGAAAGUCAAGACGGGAAACCAGAAACCAUGUGGGGAAACAAGUACCAGGCAAUCGCUGAAUUUCAGAGAAGGGAAGCAGCAGAAGAUCACACAGCCACAGAUGAUAAGAAAACGUGCCAGCAAGAUCGGCUAGCAAUAAAGAGACAUCAAGAAUGAAGCAGCCCUUGUUCUCAAUAAGUGUGAUUGAAUAUAAAACACCUGGGGCCAAGCAGGUCCUACGGAGGAAAGGAGAACUGGAGUAUGCACCCGUUCUUAAAAUCUUCAAAACAUUUCCAAGCAAUGUUUAAACCAAAGAGGCAGCCCACAGGCCCCAAGUUUGCUGCUCCUGGGCAUUAAAUCUCUUCAGUCGUAUCCUAAUCCAAAGGAUUCAAGUAAAUCUGAAAUGUCAUGUCUUUUAAAAACUAACACACCCUUGAAAGUAAAACUGACCAUGGAAUUCUUGGAACUCAAUAAAUGAUUCUGUAAUUGAGCAGUAUUUUAUUACAGAAUUUCACGAAGAACUUAAUAUCUAAAUGUAAUGAUCAAAGGCAUUAGAAUUCCUUAACAUCUUUGAUUCAAGGUGAUUUUCUAAUCUACAUCUACCACCCUAAAUCAAAGCAAAUUUUUAUAAAGUUAAGCGGUCCCAGAGAUAAUUCUGAUAUAA